GAAGAAUAACGAAAAAAAACUGUAGUUCACGCUGUUGUGAGGAAUGUGAAUUAUUAUUCGAAACACACUAGUUAUUCCACAAUGAAAGUACCAGAAAGCUAUUCGCCUAACGAACGAUGGUCAGAGGAUACAUACUUGGGAACAGAUCUUUGCCUAACAACGGACACGAUGAAAUCCGACAACGAGCAAGAAUCGGAAACCGGUCUCCAGCUGUUGCGGCAUGAUAGGUGUAAAACGAGUGAAGCUCUCGAUGAAAGGGAAAAAGUGAAACAUAACGAUGAAAUGCAAAAACGCGGUGACCAAUACUGUCAGGAUGGGGAGAGGAAAAAGCAAACGCUGGCUGAAAUAGUAUCGGUGUCUACUACUAAAGGCGUGUUUCAUCAGCUUCUGCUAACUUCUGCGGUGCUUCUCUUAGCCGCUGCAUGCGGAAUGCCAAUAGGAUAUUCUGCAGUUUUGUUACCUCAACUCUACAAUACCAAUGAUUCACUAGCCAUAGAUAUUGAGAUGGGUUCGUGGAUAGCAAGUGUCCACAGCCUUGCAACUCCUAUUGGUUCGUUCGCUUCCGGUCCAAUAAUGGAUCGAUGGGGACGUCGACCAGCACUACUAUUAGCUAUCGUUCCACUGUUCACCGGCUGGGUGUUUUUGGCCACGGCAUCAUCUCAUUUCCUCCUACUUCUCGGGCGUGUUGUAGCGGGAAUCUCUGUAGGAUUGAUUGCGGCACCGGCACAGGUUUUGCUUGCGGAAAUUGCUGAACCACGAUUGCGUGGCCUACUAAUCGGUGCACCGUUCGUCUCCUACUCGCUCGGUAUCCUGCUGGUAUACGCCCUAGGCAGUCAGUAUCACUGGCGUGAGGUUGCAUGGGGUGGUACCGUACUUCCGCUAUUGUCUUUCGUGGCCUUAUUCUUCGCUCCCGAAUCUCCUGUAUGGUUGGCCCGAAACGACUAUCCCGAACGAGCAUCCAAAGCACUGACCUGGCUUCGAGGCUGCCCCACUCAGGCCAAACAGGAGCUAAAUAAGCUUAUCGAGCGGUUCGAAGAGGAGCAGCAACAAAACAACGGUCAUCCGUCGCGAUUUUGGCGUUCGCUCGGCGAAACGUCUAUCAUCAAACCGCUUAUCAUCAUUAAUGCAUUCCACGUGCUGCAAAUUCUCUCUGGUACCUACCUUGUGGUUUUCUACGCCGUCGACAUAAUCUCCGACCUGGGCGGUAGUAACAUAAACUCCAUCCAGGCAGCCGUCCUGACAGCGAUCGUACGGCUCGCGUUUACAUUCCUCUAUUGCUUCCUGUUAUUGAUCAUGCCCCGGCGCAUGAUGGUCACUCUCAGUGGACUCGGUUCUGGGCUUAGUUGCGUGGCGAUCGCAGCAUUCAUGUACGUUCGUAUCGGUGAAACAAAAACGCAUCUCGACACGUACGUUGCCGCCGUGCUUAUACUGGUGUACAUCGGAUCAAACACCGGCUUCAUGACGAUGCCUGGAAUCAUGAUUGGAGAGCUGUUGCCAGCGAAAAUUCGCGGCCAAAUAGCGGGCUACCUUUUUACCAUCUUUAAUUUGCUGUUAUUUGGCGUGGCAAAAGGCUUCCCGUACGCCAAACAACUGCUGAAAACUCAGGGCUUGUUUUUGGUGUUUGGUUGCGCGUCCUUUGCGGCAACCUUGCUGUUGUACCUCAUGUUGCCGGAAACGAAAGGACGUACUCUGCACGACAUAGAAGACUACUUCCAGCAGCGCAACUGGCUCUGGGUGAGCAGAAAGCGCGAUGAAGAAGAAAAAAGCGUCGCCACCAAUGGAAAGCAAUCGAUGUCGAACGACUAAAUUACUACGGAGGUAAAUCUUAGAGUAUAGGAAAAACAGCAAUAAGGUAAAAAUCUUUUGUAUGUGAUAUAUUAUCGUACUUUAAAAGGGCCACUCUACUUUAAAUCGUAAUGCUAAUGGGUAUAUAAGGGCAGAGCCAACCUCUAGUUAAGUCUAAAGCCAUCAAUAUUCCACAGAGAAAAGGGUAUCGUUUUUUGA